UCGCAGUUAUUUAAAGUAGCAAAUUAUCGUUCCUGAAUAGGUGGCGCCGUGGUAGCCGAUCCUGUUCCUCAACUUCCGGUUUCUGCACUGUGCAACUAUUUCAGUUACAUUUUUAAUUAACGAUGCCAAGUACUUGUUGCUGUGUACUUGGAUGUCAUUUAAGAGGAGGACAUGCAUUUCCAAAUGACUUAAAAAGAAGGAAAAGUUGGAUCAACGCCAUGGCCCAUACGCAGAUUGGACGAGAACACGAUGAAAUCGUGGAGUCCAUCUCAGUCAGCUGUUGUUUGCAAGGCACAUUUUACUGAAAAAGACUACGUGCAGGAAACUAUUCAUGGGCGCAAACCCACCAUACAGAGACUUAAGUCUACUGCCAUUCCCAGCCUAUUUUCCUGGACCAAGCAAGAGACUGAAUCGUCCGCAAAAAGAAAAAUCAGGGCAGUUUCCUGUGAAAACAAAAGAACUAAACUUGAUGAAUAUUGUAGUAGAAAUCUAGAGGAAAGUUUUGAUUGUAAAGUUGGUUUUCCUGAAGAAGUCAUUCAUACUGCAGAAAGGAUUUAUGACUGUCCACCACCAACUGCCGAGCUAAUGUUGAGCUUCACAGAUGGAAUUACGCAAACACCAUCAAUGCCUAUGUUUUCAGCAGAGAAUUUUGAAAUGAAGACACGUGACACAGCCAUGCAUUUUUAUACCGGUUUAGAGUUGUAUACUAAAAUUUUUAUUUGUUUUGACCACACUUAGUCCAGCAGCACAUUGUUUGAGAUACAUAUAUUUUCAAAUUGAUAGGGUGUCAGUUGAAAAUCAGUUUUUUUAUGACUUUGUUGAAAUUGAGGCAUUAUACAACCAACUUUGAACUUUCUAGAUUCUAGAUUGAAUCUAGUGUUAAGAAUAUUGUGUAUACAUGGAUUGUUUUUAUGUCUAAACAGUGGUGUGAGGCUAACACUUGGCCAUCUAGUGGUUUAGUCAGGUAUUUUUCACCAUCCAACGACUUGGAUUAUUAUUGACAGCACAGAAUAUCCCGUGAUAAAACCUAAAGCUCCUAGAGCUCAGGCAACCUUUUCAUCAUAUAAAAACAGAAACACUGAAAAUACUUGUAUGUUCUACACCUGGUGGUUUAGUCAACUACAUGUAUGUCUCUAAUGCAUAUGUUGGUUCUACCAGUGACUAUGAAAUAGUUGAAAGAUGUAGAAUAGUUCAAUUAUGUGAUCCAGGUGACAGUGUGAUGGCAGACAAAGGUUUAAAUGUGCAAGAUUUGUUUGCUAACUUUUUUCAAAAAAAGAAACAGAAUUAGUUCCAAAACUCUUAUACGGGAUAGAAAAGUCUCCAAUUAACAUGUGCACAUAGAGCGAAUUAUUGGACUUAGCAAAACAUACAAAAUUCUAAUAAAUCCUAUGAAUGGAACUGAAACAAAACUUUCAUCUGAAAUAACAUUUAGUUGUUUUAUGUUGUGUAAUUUUAGAACUUGUAUUGUGCCAAAGGAUGCAUAAAUAAAAGUGACGCAAUGAA